AUGGCGCAUGCCGUGGGACUGCUGCUGCUGGCGGUAAGAUGCAGUGCUGCACGGCCCAAUGUGAUUUGGAUCAUGGCUGAUGACUUGGGCUGGGGCGAGGUGGGACUCUAUCCGGCCGAGUCGGCCCAUGGCCGGAUCGCCACACCCAACUUGGAUCGCUUCGGUCGGGAGGGCCUCGUCUUUCGACAGGCCUAUGCUGGCUACACCGUUUGUGCUCCCAGCCGCACUGCCUUCUUCACAGGAAGACACAGCGGCAGGUUUCGGGAUCUGGGUCUCGAUGGCCAAGUGCUGCACCCCGGCGCGGCCAAUCUGACGCUGGUGCCGGAGCUGUUCCGACAGGCUGGCUACCGCACGGGCGCCUUCGGCAAAGUGGCACCCUUGGCAUCGCCGCUGGAGCAAGGCUUUGAGGUCUUCGUGGGACAAGUAGAUCAAGCCUUGUGCCACAACAUGUAUCCCAAGAAGAUUGACAGUGGAGUGCAGCAGCUGAAUUUCGAGCUGUCGGCAAACAUACAUUCGCCCGCGCCCAGCAGAGAGCGAUGUAUGGAAAACCCCAAAGGCUACAACUACACCAUCGAUGUCUUCCACGACCAGGCGAUGGCUUGGAUGGAGGAAGUGGUAAAGGCUCCCACGGCCUUCUUCCUGUACCUUAGCUACACCGUGCCGCACGCGGGCGGCUGGGGUGAUGCUCCGUCGUCCCCGGAAGAUGGCAACCCAGUGCCCAGUGAUAUGGCCUAUGGAAAUCAAUCGUGGCCGGCGGUGGAGAAGGACCAUGCGGCCGUCAUCAGCUACCUGGAUGCCAAGGUGGGUGACCUCUUAGCGCGUUUGAAGUCGCUGAAGAUCGACGAAAAGACCUUGGUCUUCUUUGCCUCGGACAAUGGCGCGCAUAAGGAGGGCGGACAUCAGAUUGCCUUCUUCAACUCCACAGGCGGCCUCUCGGGCCACAAGCGCAGUCUGUUGGAAGGCGGCGUGCGCUCGCCCAGCAUGGUGCGCUGGCCCGGCGGUUUGGCGAACCCUGGGCGGAGCUCGGAGUUGCCAUGGGCCUUUUGGGAUGUGCUGCCCACCGUGCAGGACCUGCUGGGUCUGCCACUAUCGCCCUCCACGGAUGGCAUCAGCAUCCUGCCAGAGCUCUAUGGCCAAACUCAGAAGCAGCACGACUACCUCUUCUUCACCUGGAUUGGAGUCGGAGGUCGAAUCUGCGACCAGCUGAGACGGCUUCCUGGCUACAGCGUACGAAGCGGACGAUGGAAAGGGCUGGUGCCACAUUGCGAGGACGAGUCGAGCUUGCGGCCGAGUCAAGCGGAUGCCAUGAGGCUCUAUGAUCUUCAAGAGGAUCCAGUAGAGAAAAGAGAUGUGUCUGCAGAGCAUCCAGACAUCGUGAAGAAACUCAAGGACUUGGUGAUCUCUCAGCAUUUGAGCUGCAUGUGCUACCAGUGCGGCUUCGCGGUCAAUGAGACGCCGGUGUGUAAAAACGGCCACCAGGAAGUGCAGGAAGUGAAGGAAGUGACAGUUUGA